AGAACUGAAAAUUCCUCUGAUUCCGAUAAGAGGGCCAACUAAAUCAAGUCAACUUGAUUUCCCGCAGUGACGCCAUGACGAGCAACUGCUCUUUCGAUGGUGUGGACAACACCAUGAGAUAUUUGGAACUGGUCAUCUACAUCCCCAUAUUCCUCAUCGGGUCGAUUUUCAAUGUCGCAGCACUGGUGGUGUUUUGUGUGUGUCUGCGGAAAUGGACCGAGUCAACCAUCUACAUGACCAACUUGGCUCUGAUGGACCUCCUCCUUUUGCUCCCUCUGCCUUUCAAGAUGCACGCAGCCAAUAACAAGUGGUCCACCCACUUCCAGCAGCUCUGCUCGGUCUUGGAAAACCUGUAUUUCGUGGGGAUCUACGGCAGCGUCUACAUCAUUAUGUGCAUAGCCGUGGACAGGUGGGUGGCUAUCUGUCACCCGUUCAGAGCCAAGCAGGUGCGUUCCCCCAAAGCGGCCGUGAUGACCUGCCUGGGGGUUUGGGUUCUGGUGUUUGCCGCCAUCUUUCCGGUCACCCACACCUUCGGGGAGGACAGGGAGUCGCAGUUCCACUGCUUUCAUAGGUUUUCGAAGAAAGGCUGGAGCCCCGGGGUGAUCAUCUCCCUGCAGGCGUUCGGGUUUUUGGGGCCCGCAGUGGUGAUAGUUUGCUGCUCGGUUCAUACCAUCUGCACACUCCGUCAGUCCGGCCACCACAGCCCUCAAAGCCAGGCGUGCGUGAAGAUCAUCUACAGCAGCCUGAGCGCCUUCCUGAUUCCAUUCACGCCCAGCCACCUGGCCAUCUUCCUGCAGUUCCUGGUGCACCAAAAAGCGAUUCAGGCCUGCAGCAGCAAGACCUCGAUCAGCUUGUUCUUGCAGGUCACCAUGUGUCUGUCCAACAUCACCUGCUGUUUGGACGGUCUGUGCUACUACUUCAUUGCCAGUGAGGUGAGAAGCCCCAGACACAGGAUGUCAAUGAUCCGCCUUAGAAAACCUACAUUUAGCACUUCCGAGGUCUGAAAACGUAAAAACCGAUGACUGGAGGCUGGUGGCAGCGAGUUCUUUUUUUUUAGCAAGGCAGUCAAACUGUCAGACUGAAAAGCAUGUGAGCCAAUGGGUAAAAGUUAAAACAGGUCGGAGUGCGUUUAACUCUGAACUGAUGGCAGAGCAUUAUGGUUUGGACCAGCAGCAGCGGGGAAGCUGCAGGCACAUCUGUGACUUCAAAAAGCUCUGAUACCAUAAGUGUAGACUGUAAAAAGAAAAAAAAAAACUCUACCAAAAAACCUCAAUGUGACGUUCAGAGAGCGAAAACAACAGAGACCUUACGACAGUCAUGACGCUGACUAUUGCAAACAGUAAGUGAAAGCUGAUGUUGGUAAUGAUUAAUCUUCAGAUCUGUCAUAGGCGACUCGUGGCAGCAUUUUCAGUUUAGAACUGAAGUCAGACUCAUGAGAAAGGAGCUUAAACUGUUCUGAAGAUCUCACUAAAGACUAGAUCAACAGAUCAUGCACAACCAGUGAUUAUUCUAUUCUUUGAUGACUGGUUUUUUGUUAAAACAGACUAGUGAUAUUGGCACUUAUAUUGUGAGAUGUCACAUCUUGGGGAAAAAUAUUAUUUCCGAAGAAGUCAUAUGCAAUUAGGUGUUUAACUUUUUUGGCACAAUACAUAAUUGUCUUACAUUCUAAUGAAAACAUUUGGGCUUUUUGUUAAACAAUACCAAACUAAAGGCAAUGAUUCAAUGGACAUUUAUUCAAUAAUAAUUGUCCAAGUUAGCAGGAUAACGACACUGGCUCUUUAAAAAGGACUUUUCCAAAGUUAAAAAACAGAAAUGAUCUCCUUUUCAAACAUUUUCUUUUUUCUUUUCCUAGUUUUGGUGUCCCGCAGGUGUUAUGAUGAAGAAUGAUCUAAUACUUAUCUGUAAAUAAUGAUUGAGGAAAACUCAUGAACAUGCUUGAGUUUAAUACAUUUGUUAUAUUUUCAAAUCAAACCCUGGUGAAAAUCAGGAUUUAAUUUAACACAUUUCCAGUAAUAGGAAAGUAGGAGUUUAAUGAGAAAAAUUAGAGAGCUUCAGGUGGUUGUGAAAUUGUGGGACAGUUACAGGAGAAUUUUUACUUUUUUGAGUACUGUGGGGAAAAAAACAGAAGUAUAUUUAAUAAAAAGCUCAAAAAGCUGACAUGUUUUGCAAUCCUCAUGUUUAAUGGCCUUAUUGUUGGAGCAAAGCAGGACGUUUACAAACCAGAAUUUAAUUCUAGGAUUUAAGUGAUCCUUUUUUUAUUUAUAUGUGGAAGUGCAGAAACAGGAUCUGAAACUAUUUUAUUGUAUUACUUCAGCUUUAAAACUUUAAUUCUGUAAUAGUUUUAUCUUUAUUGAGUUUCAUUGCUGAAUAUUUGUGCACAUUGCUGUUCUUCUUUUCCGUUAUUCUAGUUUUGUUUCUUUAAGCGAUGUGACUCAGCUUCCAAAUGCAUUAUCAGUUUGAUUUGUUCUGUUCAGUAACAUGUAGGAUGAAAACAAAGUGGCAUAUUUAACAAGUAAAAGCCGUUUUUGGUUCAUGUACAGACUUUUAAAAAUAUUUUUACCAUUGUCUUUGCACUGUUGGAUGUAUUUCUAUGGUUAAUGUCUGUAAAAUCUCACUGUUUGGAUUAAUUUUGAAUAUGAUAAGAUCUUUCUUACCA